AUGACACGAGGCAACCAGCGAGACAAAGCCCGUGAAAAAGCGCAGAAAGAAAAAUCAGGCGAGAAAAAGAAGAACACACAAUCCGGCUCGGAGCAACAGCGCUCAAAGGAGCAAGCGGCUGCUAUCAUGCGUGAGAAACAGGCAAAAGCUGAGGCGAAGAAAGCAGAGGGUGCGGCUGGUGGUGGAGCGAAGAAGUGA